UGCUGAGGAGCUUUCAGAGUUUCGGGGAGAGCGAGAGAAGGCGGGCGGUGAUAUGGCGCUAAGAAUGACUGCCCAUUAUCUCAGGAAUAACCCGAUGCAACCCGGGCUUAACGUUAAAGUCCUGCUUCUUCUUUGCAUCGCGUCUGGUGUGUGGGGCAGUCAGGUGGUGGUCCCUCCGAAGGUCAGUGCCGUGUUGGGGAAGAAUGUAACUCUAGGCUGCAGGAUCCAAGUGGACUCUAACCUGAGUCUGACUCAGAGCUCAUGGGAGAGGAGGCUGCCCACUGGUUCAGUCACUCUGGCUGUUUAUAACCCCAUGUUUGGCAUCUCCAUCCCGCCUGAGUACGAGCGGCGCCUGUCCUUCCGCUCACCUUCCGCCCACGAUGCCACCAUCGUUCUGGAGGACGUGGGCUUUGCCGACAUCGGUGUAUACACCUGCAAGGUGGCCACAUUUCCCUUGGGCAACACGCAGGCCUCCACCACUGUCAGCGUACUUGUGGAGCCGAAGGUGUAUGUAUCGGCCGGUUCCUCAGCUCUGAUGGACGGUGGUAAUGACACCACAGUUGCAACCUGCAUCGCUGAGCGCGCCCGACCCCCAGCCGAUGUUUCUUGGGAGACGGAUCUGUACGGCACGUCUGAGGCCCACAUGGCUGACGACGCUAAUGGCACCACCACCACUCAGGUGCACUACAACUGGCAGCCCACCCGCCACGCCCAAGGACACACGCUCACCUGUGUAGUCAGACACCCUGCACUGCAGAGCGACUUCAGAAUACCCUACAUCAUCAAUGUCCAGUUUGCUCCAGACAUCCUGGUGCUGGGCUAUGAUGGUGACUGGUAUGUAGGGAGAGAGAAUGUCCAGCUGAAGUGUCGAGCCAAGGCCAACCCACCAGCUCACCACUUCAGAUGGAUCAGGCUGGAUGGGGAUAUGCCAGAUGGAGUGGAGACAGUGAACAACUCUCUGAUCUUCUUGAGGCCACUGCAGAGGAACGAUUCUGGGGUCUAUAGGUGUGAAGUGGGCAAUGACAUCGGCCUACGCAGCCGCGAUAUUAGGAUACGUGUUCAAGAUCCUCCUUCCACCACCGCUAUGCCUCCCACAACCCCCGUGCUCCUCCUAAACGCCGGCAUCUCUGUAACAGCGCCUGGCAAUAAGCAGAGGGCGCUCUUCACCUCUCCCACCUUGGCGCCGCUGCACGAGGGCAACCUGGGCACCAUAGUGGGCGGGGCGGUGGGCGGAGCCCUCUUCCUGCUGCUGCUGCUGGUGCUGGGCGGGAUUUAUUACCAGCGCCAGCGGCGGACCUUCCGUGGUGACUACUACACCAAGCAGUACCUCGGACCCUCAGACAUGCAGAAAACACCACAGCCCCAUGAGUUGCAGCAGGUCUACAGCAAUGAGGGGGGCCGGGCCAGCCCUGACUCCAAACUCAAACCCAGCCACGAUGGCAACGGCAGCAUCUACCCUGACAAAGAUCGAGAGGAGUGGGGCGACUUCGACCGAGAAAGGUCCCCCAAUGGCCGCAGCAGAGUCAUACGAGAGGCCAACGCCCACCACAACUACCAUAACCACCACAACCACCAACAGAGCUACCACCCCAAUCCCCACCACCCUCACCCCAGUCACCCACACAGCUUCCACCCUGGGCAGCACAACCACAGGGGCUCCCUCCAGCCGGAGCACCGCAGGUACCCUGCUCCUCAAUCCAUGGGCAACGGCUCCCCCUACCUGCCGGAGGACUGCUAUGACAAUGACUAUGUCUCGCAUACGGAUGGUUCCAUGAUCUCCCGCAGGGAGUGGUAUGUUUAAAACCAGGGCAAAACAGCAGCAGCAGGAAGGGACUGCAAAAAGACUUCAAACUGCAAAAGAACACGAGGGUAGAACUAGAAUAUGUAAACAUAAUAACUAGAAAAGUACUUCUGCACCUUCUUCUUUAUUUUUUGUCCCCAUAGUUUACACCCUCUCCUGUUUGUUAUUUUGGCAUGACCUGUCACUUUGUUGUUUUAUCUAAAGGAUAUCAGGGGACCAAGAUGUAAAAGCA